AUGACAUCAAUUGCUAAUUUAUUUGAUAAAAAAUCCAAAAGAUCAAAUGAAGAUACUGGUGAAAAAGAAGAAACUAAAAAAUCAAGAAGUGGAACAUUAAAAUUUAAAACUUUAUUUGGAACAAGUAAAAAAGAUAAAGAAAAGAAAAUUUUACAACAAUUACAACAACAGCAAGAUGAUGAGCAACAACAACAACAACAACAAUUUAUGGAAGGUGAUAAUAAUAAUAAUAAUACUAAUUCCUUAAAUACUCCAUCAGUUGAAGGUGAUUCUGAAAAUAUAAAUAGAUUAGCAGCAUCCACAAAUUCAACUUCAUAUUCAUCAUUAAGAUCUUCAAGUACAAGAAGUAUUGACUAUAAUCCAUCAAAUAAUGGUGGUAAUGGUGGAAUUAGAUCAGACUCGUUCUAUUCACAAACUAGUGAAUCAUCAGAUAUAACAUCAACUUCAACAACAUCACCAACUAUGUCAGCAGCAUCAUCAUCAUCAUCGUCUGGUACAGUGAAAACACCAAAACCACCAAAAUCAUCGAAACUAAAACAUAUAUAUAAUUCAUUAAAAUUUAAAUCUUUAAAAACUGAAAAGAAUGGUUCAUCAUCAUCAAUUAAAUCAAAUAUUUCAAACUUUGAAUUUAUAAUGCCAAAUACACCAUUACCAAUAUUUGAUCAACAAUCACCACCUAUUCAUUUCUAUAAUAGUAAUCAGUUUUCAGAUUUUCAAUAUUUUGGUACACCAUUAUAUUCUUUAAUCAAACGUCAAGAUAAUGGUUUAUCAAUUCCAAUUUUAUUAGAGAAAUCAAUUUCAUUUUUAGAAGGUCAUUGUCAUGUUGAAGAUUUAUUCUUUAGAAAAUAUAAUAAUGAAAAAGUUAAAUUUAUGAGAAAUUCAUUUGAAAGAACUGGUGAUUUCAAUUUCUAUUAUCCAGAUCCACAAGAUCCCUAUGAUGUAGCAGCUCUCUUGGUUGAAUUCAUUGCAUCUUUACCUGACCAAUUAUUAAAUGUUGAAUUAUAUAAUGCUAUUAAAAAUCAUACUUCUGCUUUAAACUCACAAUAUGGUGGUUAUUGGGAUAUUCAAUAUUUAGCACAAAAAUUAUCAGUAGAGUCUAGAGAAUUUUUACAAAGAUUAUUAUUCUUUUUAAAGAAACAUGUUUCAGCUUGUUUAUUUAAACAACAACAACAGCAACAACAACAAAGAGAAUCAACAGAAGUUUUAACAUUAUCAUUAUCUUCAUCAACGAGUACAUUGGAACCAGAGCCACAACCACUACCGCUAUCAACUUCAACUCAGCGAUUACCACAACAAUCAAGUGAUGAUAAUAGCAAUAAUGAUAAUAAUAAUAAAAAUGAUAAUGAUAAUGAUAAUGAUAAUGAUAAUAAUAAUGAUAAUAAUAAUAUUAAUAAUGAUAAUGGUGAAAUUAUUCCACCAUCAAUCCAAGUUACGCCACCAACUUCACCACAAACACAGCCAAAACAACAACAACCCCCACAACCCCCACAAAAAACUUUAAUUGAAAAAUUAUCAGAGUUAUUUACACCAUUAUUUGUAAAUUAUAAAACACAUAGUGCAUUUUAUUCAUCAACAUCGACAUUAAUAACAAGUUGUGAAGAUAUAUUUGUACAUAUUGAUGAAAGACCAAUUACAUUACCAGGUGAAUUUAUAAUGAUGCAGAUAAAGAAUGUUAUUAUACCACCAACAAAUUUAAAAUUAGAACAUACAAUCAGUAGUAGUAGUAAAAGUGAUAAAAAUGAUAAAAAUGAUAAAAACGGUAAUACAGAUGUAACAUUAUGGCAAUCUGGUACAUUGUUUAUUACAAAUUAUAGAAUGAUUUGGAAAAAAGAUGAAUCAAAUUCAAUUGAUUCUGAAUCUAAUUCAAUAUUAUUACCAGAAGAUAUUAUAACACCAACACAAUCAUUUUCAUCAAUUAAUAAUAAUAAUAAUAACAAUUCAAGUAAAUUUGUUGAAAUUAAAUUAUAUUCAUUUGAAAUCAUUCUAACAUCAAUUAUAAAAUGGGAAUCAUUUGGAAAAUCAUUAAAAUCAACGACACCAAUGAUGUCAACACCAACCACCUUUCAAAAUGGUGGUGUUAAUAGAUCACAAUUUCAAAUAUUCCUUUGCUAUUGUAAGAAUAUUAGAUUCCAAUAUAUGGGUUUUAGUGAUGAAUCAAAUUUUAGAGAUUUAGAGAAAUUGAAUUUAAUUUUAGCAUAUUACAUUAACCCAUUGAUUGAUUUCGGUAGAUAUUUCUCAAGUGUAAAUAAUGAAAUACCAAGAGCACCACUAUUGGCCAAUAAUAACAAUAGUAGUUCAAAUUUAAUUAGUCUAGGUAGAAGUGGUAUCACUAAUACAUCCACUGCCAAUAUCAAUGGCAGUAAUAGGAAUAGUGUUGGAGGUAAUGGUAGCCAUGAUUAUACUACAAAUAUUUGGGAUAUUUAUUCACCAUUGAUCGAGGGUCAAAGAUUGAAAUUGGAUUUGGAUAAAGAUUGGAGAGUUGUUGAAUUCCUUUCAAGGGAUACUUCAACCAUUUAUCCAAAACGUAUUUUGAUACCAAAUUUGAUUGGUGAUGAAUUACUUCAAAGUUAUGUUCGUAAAACUCAAUCUAAAAUUCCAAUUUUCUCUUGGUCAAAUCAAAAUAAUAAAUCAAUGUUAUUUAGAAUUUGUGUAUAUAAUCAACCAUUUAAUAAUAAAUUUAAUUCUGGUGGUACAUUAGCAUAUAAUAAUAAUAGUACCAUUAUUAAUAAUAACUCUGUAAUAAUAACAAAUAGUUCAACCAUUGGUACAAAUACUAGUGGUAUUUCAAAUAGUAAUCAUUUAAUUGUGGGGGAAAUAGAACCACCUUCACCAAUUAAAAAGAGACAACAACAAAUUGUAGAUAAAAAAGAUACAUCAUCACCAUUAAGUUCACUUAGAUCAUCAAAAGGAAUUCCUUCAAAAUCGUCUAAAAAGGAUAAACAAGGAUUUCUAUCAUCAUCAACCUCGUCAAUAAUACCAAUUCAAACUACAAUAUCAACUGAUACUGUAGAUGUUAAAUUAUAUAAUUUAUUUGUAAAUAAAGAAGAACAACUACAAUCUUCAACAUCAUCAUCACCAUCAACAUCAUUAAAUAAUAGUAGUAAUAAUUUAAAUAAAGAAUUUCAACAAAUUCAUCAGCAAAUGCAACAAAAUCAAUUAAAUUCAUCAUCAAAUAACAAUAACAAUAACAAUAAUAAUAAUAAUAAUAAUAAUAAUAAUAAUAAUAAUAAUAAUAAUAAUAAUAAUAAUAAUAAUAAUAAUAAUAAUAAUAAUAAUAAUAAUAAUAAUAAAAUUAAUAAAAGACAAAAUGAAGCAACUAUUGUAUUCACUAAUAAAGUUGGUGGUACAAGUGAUAAUCAUAUCAAUAUAAUAUCAGUUUAUGAACAAUUUAAAAUGAAUAGUUCAAAUAUCAUUUUCUUAUCAAUACCAACUAGAGAACAAGUUGAAGCAUGUUGGUUCGAUCUUUAUCAAUCGAUUACAAGUUUCGAUGGUUCAAUGGAUGCUUGGAAAUCAAUUGAAGAAUCUAAAUGGGUUGAUUCUGUCAAAUUAUUAUUAGAAGGUUGUGUAAAAGUUUCAAAUCUUUUAGAUGAAGGUUCUUCAGUUUUAUUGAAACCACCAAUCGAUUCACCAUUACAUACAUUGGAUUUAGCUUCAAUUUCAUCUUUAACAAUGGUAUUAAGUGAUCCAUUCUAUAGAACUUUAGAUGGUUUCUUAAUUUUAAUUGAAAAAGAAUGGAUUCAAUAUGGUUUCCCUUUUAAUAAUAUAAAUUAUCAUAAAGAACAAAAUAAUUUAAAUAAUAAUAAUGGUAAUAAAGAAAAUUCAUCAUCAUCAUCAUCAUCAUCAUCAUCAACAUCAACUACACCAUCAAUUACAAAGAAAUCAUCAGGAUCAAUUUCAAAAGGAUCAUCAGGUAUUGCAUCAUUAAUUAAUGAUUUAGAUAAAUAUGAUUCAAAUUUUGUAUUACCAGAUACAAUUCACACAGAAUCACAAAAAAAGAAAACUUAUUUAUUUCAAGAUCAAUAUGAAUCAUCAAUUUUAGUUAAUAGAUCAUUUUCACCAAUUUUCGUUCAAUUUUUAGAUGCAGUUUGGCAAUUACAAAGACAAUUCCCAUUCCAUUUUGAAUUUAAUGAAUCAUUAUUAUUAUUAUUAGUAAAGGAAUCAUUCUCUGGUAGAUUUGGUAAUUUCUUAUAUUCAGAGGCUUUAAGAGAUAGUGAAAGAAAAUUCUUAAAGAGAUCACCAUCAAUUUGGACUUUUAUUAAUCAAAAUAAAUCAACAUUUAUAAAUUUACUUUAUAAACAUAGUGCAAAUUCAUCGUCGUCAUCAUCGUCAACAAAUAAAUUACCAUCACCAAUUUCACCAAGACAAUCAUUCAUUUUUAAACAAGAGGAUUUUAAUGAAAUGAUUAAACCAUCAUGUGAUAAUGAUCAAAUUAUUUUAUGGUCAUCAUUUUUUACAGAAUUUAUAAAUUCAAGAGAAUCUCAACAAAUUUCAAAGAAAUUAAUUGGUAAAGUUAAAUGUGAUUUAAUCUCUCAAAAAUUAACUUUUCUUUCAAUUGAUAGAAAUUUAUUAUCUUAUUUCUCAACAUUAACCAAAUUAAAUCUUUCAAGAAAUUAUUUCAAUACUUUUCCAAUUGAAAUCAUUCUAUUGAGUAAUCUUACUCAUCUUUGGUUACAAGAUAAUAGAAUUAAAUCAAUACCAAGUAGUUUAUUGAAAUUGAUUGGUUCAAAAUUGAAAUUACAAGAAUUUGAUUUAUCACAUAAUCUAUUGGAAUCUUUACAUAAAUCAAUCUAUACUCUAUCGACUCUAACUAAAUUGGUAUUGGAUAAUAAUAAGUUAAUAAUUAUACCUGAAUCAAUUAGUAAAAUGAAACAAUUGAAAUGUUUAUCAGUUCAAAAUAAUCGUUUAUCAUCUUUCCCACAAGCUUUAUCGUUAUGUGUUGGUUUGGAGGAGCUCUACGUUCAAAAUAAUCAAAUUAGAGAGUUACCAUUGGGUUUCUUUAAAUUGGGUUCAUUGAGAAUGUUGGAUUUAAGAAAUAAUCAAAUCACCAAAUUUAAAUGUCACAAAUUAGAUGAUAAAAGUUGUUUCCUAAUGAAUGAGAUAAUUCAUUUUAGAAUGGGUCCAAAUCCAUUACAGAAACUAUCAAAUCAAAUGUUUGAAAUGAGAUCAUUGAUUCAUUUAGAGUUAACUGGUUGUUCACUAUCGACCGUUCCAUUGAAGCUAUUGGAUAAUUUAGUUAAUCUUGAAGCCUUAUAUUUAAAUCAAAAUAAACUUUCAGAGAUAUCAAUUGAUUUUAAAAGACUUUUCAAAUUAUCGGUUUUAGAUUUAUCUGAUAAUCAAUUUACAAAUGUACCAAUUCAUGCAAUGUUACCAUCACUUAAGAAAUUGUAUCUACAUAAUAAUCAAUUGUAUAAUAUCUCUUUCAACGAUUUUAAUUUACCAUUACUAUCGGAAUUAAGAUUGGAUGGUAAUAAACUAACUUAUGUAUCACCAUCAAUCGGUACGAAAUUAUUAUCACUCACCUUAUUGAAUCUUGAUAGAAAUCCACAAAUUACGACAUUACCUCAUACUUUGGCAUUACUAAAGAAAUUGAAAUCUUUAAUUGUCAAUUCAAAUAUAAUGGAGUCACCAUUUAGAGAAUUAGAAACCACUGAUGCUAUCUUGCGUUAUCUAACAUUACAAAUGCAACAAUCUCAAUUUCAUCCAAGAAAUAAAUUAAUCAUUAUCUCUGAUAUAACAAAUCCACAAAUUAAAAAUGAAUUCAUUAAAAAUUUAACAAUUGCAAAACCAUUAACUUCAAAAGAAAGAGAAAAAGAAAAAGAGAAAGAAAAAGAAAAAGAAAAAGAGAAAAAACAUAAAAAUAUUGGUUAUGGUUCAAAAGAUAAAGAUAAAAAAGGUAUUAAUAUUAAUUAUCAACAACAGCACCAACAACAACAACAAUAUCAACAACAUCAAUAUUCUUCACAAAUUGGUUUUAAUCAAAAUUUACCAAUUAAAUGGGAAAUCGAUUAUGAAAAUUAUCCAAAUUCUGCAUUAUAUAAUUUGGCUUCAACAAUUCAUUGUACUAAUAGUUUUAUUUCUCAACCAAUUAUGAUCUCUUCUUCAAAUCAAGAAUGUACUAAAUUGAAUAAAGAAGAAUUUUUAAAUUCUCGUUUUAAUACUCAAGAAAUUUCAAAGAAAAAGAAUUUAACAAUUUUCAUUCGUGAUUUAUCACAACUUAAUAGUAGUGGUAGUGCUAGUGCUAGUGGUAAUGGUAGUGGUAAUGGUAAUGGAAUUGGUAUUAGUAAUACCAAUUGUAGUCAACAUCUUUUCUCAAAGAGAGCUGUUUACUGUUUAGUUUGGGCACUAUCAGAAAGUGAGGAACCAACUAGAAUCUAUAAAUGGUUAGAAUCAAUUAGAGAUAGAUGCACUUUUGCCACUGUUUUCAUAGUUGGUCUUUACAAUAGUGAUUAUUGUCAAGAUGUACCAAAAGACUAUUACACCUUCAUAACUCCAAAAAUUGAACAAAAAUGUCAUAAUCUGUUCCCAAAUUUUACCUUUUCGUUCAUUAAUAUUUUAAAUAAUAAUAAUAAUAAUAAUAAUAAUAAUAAUAAUAAUAAUAAUAAUAAUAAUAAUAAUAGUGGUGGUAAUGUAGUACCAGUACAACCAUCAAUUAAUAAUAGUAUUGAUAAUAAUGUUGAAAAUACCAAUAAUAAUAAUAAUAUUAUUAAUAAUAAUAAUAACAACAAUAAUAAUAAUAAUAAUAAUAAUAAUAAUAAUAAUAGUUAUAAUAGUAAUAGUAAUAGCAAUAGUAAUAAUAAUAAUAAUAAUAAUAGUAAUAAUAAUAAUAAUAAUAAUAUUAAUAAUAAUAAUAUUAAUAAUAAUAAUAAUAAUAAUAAUAAUAAUAAUAAUAAUAAUAAUAACAAUAAUAAUAAUAAUAAUAGUAAUAACAAUAGUAAUAAUAAUAGUAAUAGUAAUAGUAAUAGUAAUAGUAAUAAUAGUAAUAAUAAUAAUAUUAAUAAUAAUAAUAGUAAUAAUAAUAAUAAUAAUAAUAAUAAUAAUAAUAAUAAUAAUAAUAAUAAUAAUAAUAAUAAUAAUAAUAAUAAUAAUAAUAAUAAUGAUAAUGAUAAUAAUAACAAUGAUAAUAAUAAUAACCUUAAUAAUAGUAACCUUAAUAAUAAUAAUGGUAGUAAUAUUAAUAUUAGUAGUAGUAAUAACAUUUUAGGUGGUAUGCCAAAAUUACGUGAAGAAAUUAAGAAUGUAUUUUUAAAUUUUAAACCAUUUGGUACAAAAGUUUCAAGUAGUCAAAAAUUAUUUGAAAAACAUAUUAAAACAUUACAAACUCCAUUCAUUUCAAAGAAGGAACUUUUUUCAAUUGGUGAAAUGUGUAAAUUAGAUAAGAUUGAAACUAAAAAUACUUGUGAAUUACUCACUGAAUUAGGCUUAUUAUUUUGGUCCGAAGAUCAUGAUUGGGUAAUUUUAGAUCCAAUUUGGUUAUCAAAUACUUUAAAUUUAUUGUUAACCUUAAAACAAUCAUCAUCAGCCCCAAGUACACCACCUCAAAUACCUUUAAAUUCUACAAAUUUAAACAAUACAUCAAUACCAUCACAAAUUACUACCACAUCCACAAAUUCAUCAUCAACAUCAACAUCAACAUCAACAUCAACAUCAACAUCAACAUCAACAUCAACAUCAACAUCAACAUCAACACCAUUACAAACACCUACAUCACUUGUAUCAUUAUCAAAUAUUUCAUUAUCAACCAUUUCAAUUCCAAUUCAACCAAAUACAUCAUCAAUUCUAUUAGAUAGUAGUAUGAACGAUAGUUUUAAUAAGGAAAGUAGUGGAAGUAAUAAAGUAGCUAACCCAACCAUUAGAAAAAGGGAUAUUAUAUUAAUGAGUAAUUUAGAAGGUAUUUGGAAUGAUAUUCCAACAAGAUUAUAUCCAUAUUUAUUAACAUUGGCCAAGAAAUUUAAUAUAGCUUAUCAAAUUGAUACACUCUAUGAUCCAACUUCUUGGGGCUUUGUUUAUCCAUCACCAAUUUCUAAUCAACAACAACAACAACAACAACAAUCAUCAACUCAACACCAACACCAACACCACCACCACCAACAACAACAACAAACUAGUAUAAAUUUAAAUAGAUUAUCAAUUAGUGGUAGUCCAUCAUUAAGAUCAAUUUCAAUUCGUAAUGGUGGUAAUAUUAAUACAUUAAAUUCAAGUGGAUCAAAUAAUUCAAGUCCAUUAAAAUUCCCAAAUUUAGCAUUAUCACCAAUUCGUAAUGGUAGUAAUUCAAAUUUAACUCAUCAUCAUGGUAGUAAUUCAAGUUUAAAUAAUUUAUUAUCACCAUUAAAGAAUUUACAAUUACAACAAAAGUAUGAUAAAUUGAAACUAUUAAAUGAAAAAGUGAUUUUCUUACCAAAUGAAUUACCGAAUGAACCACCAAUGUCAAUGGAUAAGAUGUUUUUAGAUGUUGGUGAACCAAGAUCUCUUUGUAGAAUAUUCCAAUUUGAAAAAAAGAUACCAUCAAGUUUCUUCCCAAGAUUAUUGAGUCAAUUGUAUAUGUUUUGUUCAAUUAAACAUUGUUGGAAGAAUGGAGUUAUCUUGGAGAAUUGUUACCUAUCAUUCCCUGUGGCUAGAAGAUUCCCGAUGUCUCCAAAUGCAAAGAAUCCAUUCCGUAGAAGUUCAACAAUCUCUGUUUUAGAGGCUGAUGAUUUAGUAUCGAUUCAAGUUCUUGGUGAUACAAAAAUUGAAAUUUCCUCAUCGAAAAUGUGUAGACAUAUCUUACAAAUUUUCGAAUCAAUUUUGGAAUCCUACAAUCAACUUGCCUAUACAAUCUAUAUUUCAUGUAUUCAUUGUAUUGAAACUUUACCAAAAUCCGAACAAUAUCUUUUUAGUCUCAAUCAAAUCGAAGAAUCUGUAAUCAAAGGUAAAACCUAUCAAAGUUGUCCAAUUCAUUCUUCGAUCCCAAUAAAAUUGAAUCAAUUGGCACCAGAUUUAACUAUGAACGAUUUACGUCACAAGUUGAUAGAUUUCAAAGAGGUUGAACUCGAUCCAAAUCCAAUUGGUGAAGGUGGUACAGCAACCGUUUACAAAGGUAAAUGGAGGCAAUCGGAUGUCGCUAUCAAGCUUUUAAAAACCGAUGUGGUUGGAAGUGAUUUUUCAAAGGUUUUCGCUGAAUAUCGUCGUGAAAUCUUUUGUCUCUCUUCGUUCAUUCAUGACAAUAUCCUCGAUCUUAAAGGUUUUUGUUUGGAACCAUUGGCAAUUAUCACAGAAUUCCAAAGUGGUGGUAAUCUUUACGAUUACAUUCAUGACCUCAAAAAUCCAUUAGACUGGCAAUUAAGAAUUAAAAUUGCCAAAGGUAUCGCAGCAUCUUUACAAACGCUUCAUGAUAGUAGACCAUCAGUGGUUCAUCGUGAUUUAAAGAGUCCAAAUAUCCUACUCUCAAGUAAAGAUUCAUUAACUAUGGAAUGCCAUCUUUGUGAUUUCUCAUUAUCAGGCUUCUCAACCACCGUUGCAAAUCGUUCGGUUCAAAAUCCAGUUUGGUUAGCUCCAGAGGUAAUAAACAAUGAAUUAUGUUCGGAUAAAAGUGAUGUCUAUGCAUAUGGUGUAAUCCUAUUUGAACUUUUAUCACGUACAAGAUUCUUUUCAAAUAUUACCUUUAUGUCUGAAGUUGAAGGUUUAAUUACCGAGGGUGUACGUCCAUCACUACCAUCUCAUAAUUUACCAGAGUAUGAUAGCCUUUUAAAUAUCUGUUGGGCUCAAGAUCCAACUUGUCGUCCUUCCUUUAUUGAAAUUACAAAGAAAUUAGAAGAAAUUGAACUAAUCUUAAAAACUCAUACUCCAGUUGAACCAGUUUACACAGAAACUUCAAAGAAUCAACAUAUUCAAUUAAAUAGAGGAAAUACUAUAUAUACCCUUGUUAAAAGACCAAUAACACCAAUUCAACAACAACAACAACAAAAACAACAACAACUACAACAACAAAAACAAUCUCCAAAACAAUUACAACAACAAAAACCAUUACCAACUCCUCCAAAACAACUUUCAAAUAAUGAUUCUACUCCAACAAAACCAUUAGAUGAUUCUAGUGAUAGUAGUAGUGAAGAUUCAAAUAAUUAA